ACCCUCCAGCAGUUCCGGCCAGUGGAGAUUUCAUUUCCCCUGCAACAAAAAGUUACAGGGCAGAAGAGGGCGCAGUGGUCCUUCCAGACAUCACGUGCUCCGCAAGCUGCAACCCCUCGUGCACAAUCACGUGGACUAAGAACAACCUGAACUACAACUCAGGCCCGAUCCUCUCCCUUGGCACGGCACAGCGUGACGACACCGGAAGUUACAAGUGCACGGCCAGUAACGGCCUCGGUAACGCCAGCGUCGUGGUUGACGUGCAAAUUGAGUACCGACCAAACAAUGCCACCCUCACUCCCUCCUCCACACUUUAUACGGUGGUGAGCGGUGCUGACGUCAUACCGGAAGUGAAGUGCAGCGCAAACUGCAACCCGACCUGUCAGUUCCAGUGGUUCAAGGGCGGGGGUCCUGACCCCAUUCAACAGGGGGCGUCGCUGACCCUGGGGGCAGCUGCGGUGGAGAAGGCCGCGACCUACAGGUGUCGCGCGUGGAAUAGACUCGGGGAGGUCAACAAGGAGAUCGCGUCAGCGUCCUCCAUGGUCCUCUCUCUGUCACCUUGGACCCCGCGCGAGACAGGGUGGCUGUACCCGCAGGAGAACUGCUGCCUACCAUAACCUGCAGCGCCCUCUGCAACCCGGGGUGCAGCUACUCCUGGGUCAAGGACGAUGCCUCGGAGCCGUUGACCAGGGGAAGGACGUUAACUCUGGAUCGUGUUACACAGAGUAGUGCUGGCAUCUACAAGUGUGUAGCCACCAACCCACACGGCAUGGCCAACAAGAAGUUUGAACUUGCUGUACAGUUCGGCCCCAGCAGCACCAUCACCCUCAGUCCUGCUAAGGAUGUUCACGAUGUGGCUGAAGGAGGCAACUUGACAGUAACCUGCAGUGCCACCUGUGACCCACCCUGCAGCUUCCGGUGGAGAAACAGCACCGGGCAGACGGUAGCAGGCGACGCAACUCUUCGCCUGACGACGUUGAGGACAGACAACUCUGGAAAGUACACGUGUGUUGCCGACAACAAGAUUGGCACACCUGCAGAAAGGUCAAUACAGGUCAACACGCUCGUCGGCCCCACCGGCAGGAUUACCAUUUCCCCGCCAGGUCCGACGGUGACCCUGAAGCAGGGACACUCUGUGGUCCUGUCCUGCUCUGCCGGGUGCUCGCCCUCCUGCACGUACCAGUGGACUAAAGGCGCUCAGGUUUUGUCGUCAGCCAAUGGAAUCUUGACACUCAAUGACGUCAGCAGACAGCAAGAUGGCGUGUACAGCUGCCAGGCGACAAACUCAGCGGAGAAGGAACUCAGAAAAUAACUCUGGAAGUUCAGUACGGACCUGGUGACAGCAUGACCUUUAACCCCGACAAGACGUCACACACGGUGCAGGAAAACGCCAACUUGACCGUGACAUGCGCGGCGGACUGUAAGCCAGCCUGUGACUUCCGGUGGACGAAACAAGGCGCCGCAGUGGCCCAGGGGGCUGUGCUGUCGUUGCCUGCCGUGCAGCGGGACCAGGCGGGGGACUACCGGUGUCUGGCGGACAACGUGGUGCAUGCUCCGUCCUCAAGGGUCGUCACUCUUACCGUCUUAUAUGGUCCCAGUGACGUCACGCUGUUCCCGGAUGUGACAGAACUGUUCCCGGCACGUGGAAGUAACGUGUCAGUGAAGUGCUCUGCCACCUGCAAUCCCUCCUGCACCUACACCUGGUACAAAGGGGCGCGAGUCGUCCCCUCUACGAGCGGCGUCCUGAUGUUAUCCUCCCUGUCAACCCAGGACAGCGGACAGUACGAGUGCAAGGCCGCCAAUAGCAUCGACCCCUCCUCCUCCAGAUUCGUCAACAUCUUAGUCAAAGCCGGGCCUGGUACCAGCAUCCGGUUUAACCCUCCCGAGGAUUCGGUCAUCGUAGUAGAGGGAAGACAACUGGUAGUGGACUGCAUCGCGGAGUGCUCUCCCGCCUGCACCUAUGUGUGGAAGAAGGGGACUCGCCAGGUGGCACAGGGUCCGACAUUGCGGUUCUCGGCCAUCACUCGGGAGGAUGCAGGUGGCUACUCCUGCUUCGCGUCCAAUGACGCCGACAACCAGGCCUCGAAACCGCUUCAGGUGGAUGUCCAGUACGGGCCCGGGAGGUCGGUGCUGCUGUUUCCACCCGGCACCAACUCCACUUACUACCGGUUCCAGGAAGGGUCGCCGUACAACAUCAAGUGCUCAGCCGACUGCCACCCGCCGUGCACGUACCGCUGGUUCUACGGGUCGCGACUUGAACCUCAGUACACCAGCGGCGUGCUCUUCUCCGACUCCGCCACCCUCAAUGCCACGGGCUCCUACUCCUGCCAGGCCACCAACGGCGUGGGUACAGGGAGCUCCUAUGUCGUCUACAUCGACAUCCACACUGGGCCCGGAAGCAAUCUCACCUUCAGACCGGAAGGAAAUCGGCAGGUAGUGCGGGAGGGCGGGGACUUGCUGGUCACGUGCUCUGCCGACUGCUCGCCGCCCUGUAGUUACAGGUGGAAGUUCGGCACGGAGGAGCUGACGACAGCAGGGGGUCACCUGGACCUGCCCGUGAUCUCCCGCAACCAAUCAGGACUCUACACGUGCAUCGCUCAAAACGGAAACGGAAACCAAGGCACGCGACAGCUCAGCGUGGACGUGCAGUACGGUCCAGGCUCAACCAUUUCGCUCUUCCCGUCCAACACCACGCAGACCCUCAACGAAGGAGCCUCGAUGUCCAUCAAGUGUUCCGCCGACUGCAGUCCCAAGUGCGUCUACGUGUGGUCACGUGGGUCCGCCGUCAAACAGAACGUGUCGUCGACAGAUGGCGUGCUGACCCUGGUGACCGUGGGGCCGGAAGAUGCCGGAAAUUACCGAUGUACGGCUCGGAACAGCAUCGGACUUGAGGCCACAUCGAGGUCACUGUUGUGGUUCAAAAUAGAGCCUAGUCUCGCUGUGUACGAGAUCAGCGAGGGCACGGACCUACAGAUGAAGUGUUCGGCCACGUGCUCCCCCCGCUGUACGUACACGUGGUAUUUCGACUUCGAGCGCGUGAAGGCUCGGGACGGCAUUCUUCUCAAACCGAACGUGUCGAGGGCCGACAGCGGGCCGUACAUCUGCUACGCGGCCAAUGACGUCGGCAUCCAGGGGUCCAAUCAAAUCAAAGUUGACGUCGUUUAUGGACCCGGGGACAGUAUUCAGCUCGAUCCAGAGAACGCUCUGCAAAUAGAGGCAGGAAACCCCUUCUCCCUGCGCUGUUCUGCCGACUGUCGCCCUCCCUGUUCCUACGUUUGGAGUCUAGGAGGUCAGAUCAAGCCUUCAGAGGGAGGAAAGCUAAAUAUCGGAAAAGCCAGCGAAGCGGAUGCUGGGAACUACACUUGUCGCGCUUCUAACAAAUUGGGGGCGACCUCGUCAAAGCCUUUGACUGUGGAAGUCAACUACGGUCCAGGAAGCAGCAUCGCCCUUCACCCCGCGCCUGACCCCGCCCUCGUUAUCAGUGAAGGAAAUGACCUGACAGUCACGUGUUCCGCCCGCUGCCGUCCUGCGUGCAGUUACUCUUGGUACGAGGGCACCAAGCGUGUGACAUCAGGAGACGGCGUUCUAUUCAUACCCGGGUUCAACCGCACCCACCCACGCUACUACACCUGUGUUGCUGACAACGGUGGCAGCAAGGCCACAGCUGUACUUCAGGUAGAGGUGAACUACGGCCCGGGUGAUAAAGCAAACCUUUUUCCAAACUCCUCGACUAUAACGGCUCCAGUGGGGGAGUCGCUGUCUGUACAGUGUUCAGCGGACUGCAGUCCCCCCUGCCACUACACCUGGACCAGGGGUGGGGUGCACAUCCAGACUGACAGUCUCGGGGUGCUGCUGCUGAGGAACCUACAACCCGAGGCGAGAGGCGCCUACGUGUGUUCGGCGUCCAACACGAUCGGCAAGGCCGCCACGGCCAGCGUGGACAUCCAGCUGCUGUCGGGUCCUGGGGCGUCCAUCCGCUUCACUCCCUCCGGUCUCACCAGGCGGGUGGCAGAAGGAGAAACCUUCAAUGUUACCUGUGAUGGCGACUGCUUGCCGGCCUGUCACUUCUCCUGGCUCAGAGAUGGCAAUGUGGUGUCGAAAGAGGGGCUGCUGCAGCUGAGGACAGUAAAGAGGGCCGACAAGGGAGUUUAUCAGUGCAACGCCGUGAACUCUCUGGGGGUCAACGUUACUCAACAUCUGUCACUUGAUGUCACGUACGGUCCUUCUGGAAGUGUGGAGCUGUUUCCACCCGAGAGGUCGCGCGAGCUGACGCAGGGCGAGACCCUGAGUGUCAAGUGCUCGGCGACGUGCAGUCCUCCGUGCUCUGUGCAGUGGACCAAGGAGGACAAGGUGCUGAGCGGCAAGGAGGGUGUGCUGCUCCUCUCCAACAUCCAGUCCGACGACAGCGGCGUCUACACCUGCACCGCCGGCAACGGCGUCGGCACCGACAACGCCGUCAACCUCACUGUCCACGUCAACUUUGGCCCAGAGAACUCAGUGAUGUUCCAGCCGUCAGAUCUUUUUCCAUCCAUCGUUGAAGGACAGACUUUUCAGGUGCGUUGCUCGGCCCACUGCCUGCCCGCCUGCUCCUACACCUGGCACUAUGGCGGCGACGGCAGCAGCAAGGUGGUGUCACGUGACGGGCUGCUGACCCUGCCGGCGGUCACGCGGCAGGAUGCUGGCACCUACACGUGUCACGCGGACAACGGCGUCGGGCGGCGCGUGACUCAGGACCUGCAGCUGGCCGUCAGGUUUCCUCCCAACCUGCCGACCUUUGACCCUGCCAGCACGUCCUACACCAUCAGAGAGAGAAUCGACAGCGUGUCGGACAUCCGCUGCUACGUCGACUGCAACCCGCGCUGUAACAUCACGUGGCUAAAGGACGGCCAAUCGCUGAAUAUUUCCGGUAACGUCCUCGCCCUGACCACUCCCGACAGACAGGCGGAUGGCGUGUACACGUGCAGGGCCACCAACGACCUCGGCGAACGCGAGAAAAACGUUACCAUCAACGUCAACUACGCGCCGUCCAUCACGUACUUCACCAUCAACGAGAGGCGCGCCUCCUCCGUCGCGCUCGAGAAUGACCCCGUGACCCUGAACUGCCGCGUGAGCAGCAUGCCACCCUCCACCAUCCAGAUCUACAACGGCUCCACCCUCAUUUCAGCCAUGACCAGCACGUUACAGGCAAAAUAUUCUUGGCAAAAUGCCAAGUGCCUGGACUCUGGAAUGUACACGUGUAGAGCCGACAACGGGGUGGGACCUCUAGUUUCCGUUAUGGCGGAACUCCGGGUACAUUGUGUACCACGGCUCGACCCCCGUGUGUUCAAACUGCCCUUCGUGGCCGCCAACUUGGGUGACACGGCCGUCAUCCACAUACCCGUCAUCGGGGAGCCCACCCCGUCCUUCCAGUGGUACCGGGUGCACGGUGGGGUACCCGGUGAGCCGUUAGCAGCCAAAGACCAGCGUGGCCAGAGCGACAAGUUCUUCGUGUCGACCCCCAGCAGCUCCACGCUGACGAUCCAGAACGUUCAGGUGGCCGACUACGGAGACUACCUGGUUACCAUGGGCAACACCAUCGGGACGAGCAACUACACGUUUUCGGUUGUACCUAAAAGUGCUCCUUACCGCGCCAGUCACCUGACGGCUCGCCCAAUCGACGCUCACGCCGUGGAGGUCACGUGGUCCCCGGGCUUCAAUGGCGGGGCGCGACAGCAGUUCAGCCUGGAGUACCUCAAGGACGGCACGAAUGGGUGGCGGGCCCUGGCGCUGGACCCGACCAUCGACGACAUGACGACUUCCUUGAGCGUCAACGUCUCGGAUUUGAACCCCGCCACCGCCUACACCUUCCGCAUCCGAUCGCGCAACACAUACGGCUACAGUGACUACUCCAACACUGCCCGUGUGGUCACCGAUGCGGCUCCGGACGGUCUGGUUGCCCCUGGCAACGUCAACACCCUGCCCGUGUUGUUAGGAGUUGGCCUGGCGGUCGGUUUUCUAGUAGGAGCUGGUAUUACAGCCAUCGUAGUGGUCUCUCGAUGUCGACCUCGUGCGAGAAAAGACGAAAGCCCCAUCGACGACGCUCGCAGCGACACGACAUACGACACGCUGUACCUGCGGGACGCGCUGUGGGCGCAGCACCACAUCAAGCUGCGCUCCAACACCGGAAGUACGAGAAGUCGGUUCGAUGACAUCUAUGACUACAAACAGCCAGAGAACAAAAUUUAGUGGUGGAAGACAACUACAGUAUGUUCUUUGCCCCAAACCUUUCCCCCAUUUCUUGUGUUAGACCUUACCUUCUGUAAAACUAUAGUGACACGAGACAACCGUUAAAACAUAAUUUCGUUUGAACUUGUGUAGGAAUUUAUCAAAAUAUGCAUUGCCACAAAACUGCAAAUAUUUAAUUCAGAAAAAUAUGAAAAUAGAAAAUUCUGAUCAAAUCAAAAUGACAGAGCAUACAAUUACACAAUUACAAGUGCUAAUACUCCUACUAGGUCAAGCAUUACUGUUGGUCUUCAUUGCCAGAAAAAAGAGCAGUGCAGCUAUUUUUGUGUGAGAAUGUUUUUGUUUGUUUUUUUUUUUUUACCAGACAAUAGCAAAUUUUAUUUACUUUCAUAAUUCAGUUAAUACAAAGCUUGAAACUAACAUUCUUUUCCAUUGUUCCGCUGCCUUGUUUUGUAUGCCAGGUUUUUAUGGGUCGUUUGACUAUCCAGUUUAUAUUUUCUGAUCUCUAGCCAAAAGUGUGUUUUUCAGUCAUGAAAAUUUCUGAUUUUAGUAAUCCAAACAAGUAUCAGAAUGUUGUGUUGAUGUUCAAUGCUUUAAUCAGGGCCUCACAAUCUUUUGUACAACCAGUGAAACCUCAGAUAGGUCAUUGUAGUCGCCUUUUUUUCCUACUAGUUUCUGCGUCUGCAUGAAGUCUGUGUGCAGUGUUAGUACCAGAGUCUGUGUGGAGUAUGAGUGUGAGAGAGUGUAUCUAGAAUGAGCUCAUGCCAUGACCCAGAAUUCCAUGCAUGUACAUCCACAUAAUUACAUCAUAUUCUGUUGUGAUCGAUGUCGUUUUUAAUUAAAAUGACACUGUAACAAAAUACUGGAUUUAGCUGUGUAGGUUGGGAAGGAGGCGAGACAAUCUCUACUGGUCUCUUUCUCGCUUUGUGAAAAGUAUGUACACUCGCACUUGCAUGCAUCCAUACACGGUACAUGCCAGCUUCUGCUUACACACCAAACACCAUAGGAACACUGAACUUUGUUACAAGGUAUUUAAUAUAACACAUGUAAUUAUGACAUUGCAUUUAAUACAGAAAAGGCAAUGGCAUAUCAACACCACAAAGGCGUUGAUCUAUACAGCACAGUCAUCAAUGUGUUCACCACAGGCAGAAAUGGAUUUUACGCAGUACAGGCUGCAUAAAUAAAUACAGAAUGUAUUCACGAAAUACAGGUAGACAUAUAUUUUACAUGAUCGGCUGGCGUCUUAAUCUUGUAUAGUCAUAUAUACAAGUAUUUUAUACAGCAUGAGAACUGAUCUAUUAAUCCAACUUAGGCAUGGAAGCAUUUUCAACAGAGACAUUGAAAAAAUCAAUCAAUCACAAUGGCAAAGUUCCAUGUCAAAAAUCAGGUGAAUCUACAAUUAUCACUUUAUCCACACUUAUCACGAUAAAUAAUCAUAUCAACUCUGGGGACAAUAUCUCAAAAUUCGCACCACCUAGGUACAGGUCAUCAUUUAUAAUAAUGCAAAAUUUUGUAAAGAACAUACUCACACUCCUAAGGAGCAUGCUCU